UGCAGCCUCCCCGAGUUCUGAGUUCUGCUGAGUCACAACCCAGGAGCCCUCUGCCCAGCCCGCCUGCUCGCUGUCCUGUGGCCACAUGGAUUCCUCAUAAUAUGUAAGCCAUUGGGUAGUUCCACGACCAGGGCACCCAGCACAGUGAAAACGCUGACCCAACCAACUUCAGACCUCUCUGGACUGUGCAGGCCUCAGUCAAGGUCACAGGCAGACAGGCCACGGGUACCCCUUCCCUCAACCGCCCUGCAGCCUCUGGCACCUGAGCAAGGUUGAAGUUCAUGAGUUCGCCCAGCCUCAGUGACCUGGGCAAGAGGGAGCCGGGCGCGGCGGGCGCGGACGAGCGAGGCACGCAGCAGCGCCGAGCCUGCGCCAACGCCACCUGGAACAGCAUCCAUAACGGCGUGAUCGCCGUCUUCCAGCGCAAGGGGCUGCCCGACCAGGAGCUCUUCAUCCUCAACGAGGGUGUCCGGCAGCUGCUGAAGACAGAGCUGGGGUCCUUCUUCACUGAGUACCUGCAGAACCAGCUGCUCACAAAGGGCAUGGUGAUCCUUCGUGACAAGAUACGCUUCUACGAGGGCCAGAAGCUGCUAGACUCCCUGGCAGAGACCUGGGAUUUCUUCUUCAGUGACGUGCUACCCACGCUGCAGGCCAUCUUCUACCCCGUGCAGGGCAAGGAGCCAUCAGUGCGCCAGCUUGCCCUGCUGCAUUUCCGGAACACCAUCACCCUUAGUGUGAAGCUAGAGGACGCGCUGGCCCGCUCCCACGCUCGCGUCCCCCCUGCCAUCGCACAGAUGCUGCUGGUACUGCAGGGAGUUCAUGAGUCCAGGGGUGUGACCGAAGACUACCUGCGUCUGGAGACACUGAUCCAAAAGGUGGUGUCCCCAUACCUGGGCACCUAUGGCCUCUACUCCAGUGAAGGGUCCUGCACUCAUUCCUGCAUUCUUGAGAAACGGUUUCUGCGCCGCUCCCGCUCUGGGGAUGUCCUAGCCAAGAACCCAGUGGUGCGAUCCAAAAGCUACAACACGCCCCUGCUCAAUCCCGUGGCUGAGCAUGAAGCAGAGGGCACAGCGGCCGGGGGCACAAGCAUCCGCAGGCACUCAGUCUCCGAGAUGACAUCUUGUCCUGAGCCCCAGGGCUUUGUGGACACACCUGGCCAGGGCCCUGCAGGGAACUUCAGGUCCUCUCCAACGCCCCACUCAGGGCCUUGCCCCAGCAGACUGUACCCCCCUGCCCAUUCUCCCGAGCAGGGCCCAGCCCACGGCUCCCCACCCACCUCCAGCCCUGAGACACUGGUGGACCAGAUCCUGGAGUCCGUGGACUCAGACUCUGAAGGAAUAUUCAUUGACUUUGGGCGGGGCAGUCGCUCCAGCACAUCUGACUUUGAUGCCACCGGAAGCCGACCGAGUGUUGUGUGAUGACCUGAGGUUAGUUCCUGUUUUUACUGGCCCGUGUGUGUGCGUGCGCGCGCGUGUCUGUAUAUGUGUGAGUGAGAGACUUGUUACUCUUUCCUAAUCUCGCUAGUCCCCUUGUCACUGCCUUGGUCACUUUAUACUCCCAGUCUGGUGGAAAACCUAUCCACUUCCCAUGCUCACCCCAGGUCUGAUUGGGACGUCCAGUUGGCGCCACCCAGAUACUCAGCCACCUCGAGGAUGUGGUCACCAUGUACCCUCCUGCCUGCCCCACCCUUGGUGCCCACACCUACCCAGGAAAAUGUGAAACCAGUGGGUUCUGCCUAUGCCAGCCCAGCUUGGCUCCCACAGUGACAGGACUCACACCACAGCCAGACCUGCCUCCCUCUGCCCUGGGUGGCCACGAAACAGGAAGGCAUGAAAUAAAGUUACAGCUCCAGGUUCCUGUCUUCCCCCAGGUGUCCUUCCGGGACCCCCACCUCACAGGACUUCCUCCUGCCAGGGCACAUUCCCAAGCCGAGGCCGUGGUCACUUGCCCAUUGUCAACUCUUCCACUGUUGUCAGGACAGCGUUGCUCUGUCAUCUUGAUGGAAGGAUCCGGAAAGCAUAUAAUGAAGGCCUGAACCCUUAAUGGAUGGUGCUUAGAUAUAAGACAGGCCGUAGUGUGGAUCCCUGGUCCGAGCCCCAUACAUUGGCUGAGAGGGACCCACUGCAGCCAGGAAGGGAAGAGGGUCACAUGAGAUCUACAGACCUUGCCCUCUGUGUGGUGGGGGUUGCUGAAGAUGCUCCUGGCCUGGUGGGACAGGCACCCCAGCCCUCCCAUCUGCCCUAGGAGUGGUUCUCUACCUCUGGGGAAGUUUACCCAGAGUCUGAGGGUGGUUAGGGCCUCCCAGGUCUGCAGAUGGGCUGGUUCCACUGCUGGGCAAAUGGGCAUAAGUGUACUUGAGUGCUGGCAGGUUUGCUACAGGAUUGCACCAGCCCAGCCGCUUAGCCUGACAAGCCAUGCCUGGAGUAGGCCUCUGUCCCAUUGAGAUCCUCUCUAAAGAGCCAGGGAGAGUCUGGUCCUCCUUGAUCACAUGCUGACCCCUGCCCCAGACCCUUCAAAGCCCUCGGGUCUUGAUUGUCUUCUGGGAAUAACAAGCGAAGAACAGACCCAGGAGCAGAGUGACCAAAUCUGGCCAGAAAACAGGAUGGGAAAUGGCUACUUCACGCGAACUGCAAGGCCAUGUGGGUCCAGGGGAUCUGCUGGAGAUGUUAGGACAGAGGGUGCCCUGUCCCCCAGGGUGGGAGAAACAGCCUGCUCCAGUUACUGUGCUGCCUGUGGUCAGGGUCAAGGCUGAACUCACAGGGUGUCUCAGCCAGGGUCACUAGUACUGUAAUGAAACUAGACUCAAAAGCAACUUGGGGAGGAAAGAGUUCAUCGUUUGGGCUUACAUAUCCAGACUCAGUCCACUGAAGGAAGGUGAGGCACGAGCUUGGAGGCAAGAGCUGACGCAGAGGCCGUGGGGGAUUCCUGCUGGCUCUUCAUGGCUUCUCCAGCCUGUUUUCUUUUGUUGUAGUUUUGUUUUGUCUUGAGACAGGGU